ACGUCGCAACUUACCCUAUCCGAAACGUAUUCCUUGCCUUCCCUUCGACCGAUCGAGCACAAAUCGUAAGGCGUUCCCCAUGAUGCAAUCUUCAUCGAUCCGAGGCACGCUUCCUUGAUUUCCCCCUAAUCUCAUCAUGCAUUAUUCAAUCGAAAUUUUCGUUUUUGGUGUUGAAGGCAUUGAAUGAAAUAUUGUAAAGCUGUAAGAUUUACUCCAAGAAAGGGGAUUAGGGUUUGGAGGAAAGAAUUUUCGACUGUGGAAGAGUGGAAGGCAGGAUUUUGCGCGGAUGAGCGAAUCAGGAAAACCAUUGAAAUCACUGGAAGAUGCAGAACUUCCCGGGAAUCAUAACCCCAUGCUGCCGCUUCUUAACGAGGGGUCUGAAAUGGUAACCUGCCCCCGUGGAGAUGGAAAAGCUGGAGCUGAAGGCUCAGUAGUUGUAGGACUGGAAGUUGAUUCUGUGGUAGAUGAUGUACCUGGCACCAUAUCUGAUUCCCGAAUAGAAACGACCGUCGUUGAGAAGAAACCUGAUUUUUUUGAGAAUGCAGUGGCCAAGGAUUCCUAUGGAGCGGAAGUGGCACAUGUGAGCAGUGGUGGUAUUAAUGCUACUGCUGGUGUUGCUGGCGAGGAAACGGCUGUUAGAAUGGAAUCCGAUGGCUUGGAAGCAGCACCAUUAAGUAUUGCGGAUGUCAAUGCUACUGAUGUUGUUGAUGAUGAAGGAGCUACUGUUAGAAAGGAAUCUGAUGGCUCAGAAAUUCUGUCAGGAUCCCAUCAUGAUAUGAAUGCAUUCAAUAGUGUCGAUGAAGUGGAUAAUGCUGCUGGGAAGGAACGUAAUGGUUCAGACAUGCCAUCUACUAGCUACGAGAGGAUAAAGGCCAUUGAUGAUGCAACUAAGGCUAUUGAUCAUGUUGCAGAUAAGCAGAUUGAUUUUGAAGACGCUACUGAUGGUGGUUCCAUGGUUGCUUUGCCUGAUAAGGUUCCCCAAAAGGUCAGUACUCUUGUGGCUGCGGCCAUGAAGAAGUAUGCGGCACCGAGAUCAUCCAGUUAUCAUGGAGUUACUAAGUUAAAGUGGAGUGGAAAAUUUGAAGCACAUCUCUGGGACAACACAAGCAGAGUUGAAGGCCGGAAACGAAAAGGCAAACAUGUUGAUGCAGGUAGCUAUGUUUCUGAGGAGAUGGCGGCACGUGCACAUGAUCUUGCUGCUCUUAAAUACUGGGGUCCGGGCCCGGCCACCAAGCUUAACUUCCCUGUUUCUGAUUAUGAAAAUGAACUCGAAAACAUGAAGACUAUGUCUCAAGAGGAAUUUGUUGCCUAUGUGAGGAGAAAAAGUAGUUGUUUCUCCAGAGGGGCUUCUGUUUACAGAGGAGUGACGAGAAGACGGAAAGAUGGCAAGUGGCAAGCUCGAAUCGGUCGAGUUGGUGACCUCAAGGACGCCAAGGACAUCUACCUCGGAACUUUUGAUACUGAAGAAGAGGCUGCUGAGGCAUAUGACAUUGCAGCCAUUCAACUUCGCGGAGUGCAUGCAGUGACGAAUUUUGACCUUAGUAACUACUGCGAGGGAGGUACAAGACGACCGGAUGAUUCGUUUAGGCUUGAGAUGUGAAGUCGAAUGAUGUUUCGGCUUGUUGAAUGAUCGAUCGAUUUUCCAGGAUUGGGGAUGUAGUGUGGUUGCUACCUGUAAUUUGUGUUUGUGUCGGUGGCCGGUGGCCGGAGCCUUCUUGUGGCUCUUCGGAUGACUCUACCCAAGAUCAAAUGGAAUUUGUUGCUGCUUGUAGAUUUCAAUCCCUA